AUUUCAUCGAAAAGUUUUUCAUUGCGAUUUUUGUUCAGAGUGUCGCAACUAAAAAUCAAAUCAGCAAUCAACCAGGCAGACAUCAAAGCGCCGCGAAUAAACUUGCUACUUUGAGUUGCUCUAGCUCAAACAAACGCGUGGCUAUUAAAAGGAAAACUCACUUAUUAUAUAACAAUUUUUAUUGCAUAUAAACAAAGAAUGAAAAUUUCAUUCAAAUUUCCCUAAAGUUUGAGUGUUUCGAUCAUGAAAAUCGCGUGUGGGAAAAGUGCAAAGUAUAUCAGUUUAAGUGAAAACUAACAAACUUAUUGUUAGUUAAUUUUUUGGUAAAUUUCCUAACAAAAUUUGCCUUUUUCACAGUAGAAAGCAAAAAAAAAACAAUCAAACAACAAAGGAAGCAGACACACCCCCGGACAAUGAAAAUUAAUUGAAUUUAAAAAGCAAAAAGAAAAAUCGACCUAUGUGCUACUUAAUACGCAUUUUAUCAUUUACUAUAACAAUUUAUCCCUUUUCCCAAUCAUUUUGUUUGCAUAUUAAUUAAUUAAUACCUUACAUCCUUGAUCCGAAUUCGAGUUGAAAUAAAAUCAGAGUCUUUUUACACGAAUGACCAGGAAUACAGAAAUAUAUGAAAUUGCAACAUGUCCUACACUGAACUAGAAAGUGGCUAUCAGGAUUUACGGCAGGCAAAUCGUCCUGGAUUCUUUGUCGGACAUGAUGGAAAUAACCGAAACCUCCUCUGCAAAUGGAUAUGAGAUCUUCAUCUUUCUCCUACGGGGGCGACAUUGACAUGUGCGGUGAGAGCAACGAUGGCAUGGAUUCUGAUUGCAGUAUAUCAUCAUGCUCCGGAAAGCAAGUCGUUGUUGGAGUAUGUGCUAUGUCCAAAAAGACCCAAUCAAAGCCCAUGAAAGAAAUUCUAACAAGACUCCAAGAGUUCGAGUAUAUAAAAAUGGUUGUGUUCGAAGAAGAUGUGAUACUAAAGGAACCAGUCGAACAAUGGCAAAUUGUCGAUUGUUUAAUAUCAUUCCAUUCAAAAGGAUUCCCUUUGGAGAAAGCAAUCCAAUAUGCCCAACUUCGAAAACCUUUUGUUAUAAACAAUUUGCACAUGCAAUACGAUAUUCAGGACCGCCGAAGGGUGUAUGCGAUUUUGGAAAGUGAAGGAAUUGAAAUACCCAGAUAUGCUGUUUUAGAUAGAGAUUCACCAGAUCCUAAGCAACACGAAUUGAUUGAAUCUGAAGAUCAUGUUGAAGUGAAUGGAGUAACAUUUAAUAAGCCUUUUGUGGAAAAACCUGUGUCUGCAGAGGAUCACAAUAUCUAUAUUUACUAUCCAACAUCAGCUGGUGGCGGUAGUCAAAGACUGUUUCGCAAAAUUGGAAGCAGAAGUAGUGUCUAUUCCCCAGAAUCCAGAGUGAGGAAAACUGGUUCGUUUAUUUACGAGGACUUUAUGCCAACCGAUGUGUAUUUUUCAGGUACGGACGUUAAAGUCUAUACCGUUGGUCCAGAUUAUGCACAUGCCGAGGCAAGAAAAAGUCCAGCCCUAGAUGGUAAAGUUGAACGUGAUAGUGAGGGCAAAGAAAUUCGUUAUCCUGUAAUUUUAAACAACGCAGAGAAAUUAAUAUCUCGUAAAGUGUGCUUAGCUUUUAAACAAACCGUUUGUGGAUUUGAUCUGUUGAGGGCCAAUGGAAAAUCAUAUGUAUGUGAUGUAAAUGGUUUUAGCUUCGUUAAAAACUCCAAUAAAUAUUAUGAUGACUGUGCCAAAAUACUUGGAAAUAUGAUACUACGCGAAUUGACGCCAACCUUACACAUACCAUGGUCUGUACCAUUUCAAUUAGACGACCCACCAAUUGUGCCGACUACGUUUGGAAAAAUGAUGGAGCUAAGAUGUGUUGUGGCUGUGAUAAGACAUGGAGAUCGAACUCCGAAACAAAAAAUGAAAGUUGAAGUUAGGCAUCCUAAGUUCUUUGAAAUUUUUGAAAAGUAUGACGGCUAUAAACAUGGCCAUGUUAAGCUGAAAAGACCCAAACAAUUACAAGAAAUUCUCGAUAUAGCCAGAUCUCUUUUGGCUGAGAUACAAACAAAAGCUGGAGAAUCGGAAAUCGAAGAGAAACAGGGCAAAUUGGAACAACUAAAGAGUGUUUUAGAAAUGUAUGGUCAUUUUUCUGGUAUAAAUCGAAAAGUUCAAAUGAAAUAUCAACCAAAAGGACGACCAAGAGGAUCUAGCUCCGAUGAGGGUAAUUCCUUAAAAUCUAAUGCUCCAAAAGAACCAUCCCUGGUUUUGAUUCUCAAAUGGGGAGGGGAACUAACGCCUGCUGGACGAAUUCAAGCAGAAGAACUUGGUAGGAUUUUCCGUUGUAUGUAUCCAGGUGGCCAAGGCAGACAUGACUAUUCUGGAACUCAAGGAUUAGGACUACUGAGGUUACACUCGACGUUUCGGCAUGAUUUGAAAAUCUAUGCUUCUGACGAAGGACGGGUUCAAAUGACAGCAGCUGCCUUUGCCAAAGGUCUCUUGGCACUUGAAGGUGAACUAACACCGAUCUUAGUGCAGAUGGUUAAGAGUGCCAAUACAAAUGGACUUCUAGACAACGACUGUGACUCAAGCAAAUAUCAAAAUAUGGCGAAAAAUCGUCUACAUGAGCUUAUGCAGAUCGAUCGUGACUUUACAAAAGAAGACCGAGAGGCUAUAAAUCCUGGAAACAGUAUUAGCAUUAAUCAGGCAAUGGAUUUUGUAAAGAACCCAGUUAAGUGCUGUGCACAUGUACACUCUCUAAUCCAAGAACUGAUGUCGAUAAUAAGUGUGAAAAAAGAUGAUCCCAAGACAAAAGAUGCAAUCUUGUAUCAUGGUGAGACGUGGGAUCUGAUGGGUCGACGAUGGGAGAAAAUCGAAAAAGACUUCUCAACCAAGAGUAAACAAUUUGAUAUCUCGAAAAUUCCGGACAUCUAUGACUGUAUAAAGUAUGACCUUCAACAUAAUCAACACACUCUGCAGUAUGAUCAAGCAGAGGAAUUGUACAUUUAUGCCAAGUAUUUGGCCGACAUAGUCAUACCCCAAGAGUAUGGUUUGACAAUUCAGGAGAAAUUGACGAUCGGUCAGGGCAUUUGUACGCCUUUACUGAAAAAAAUCAAGGCUGAUCUUCAGCGAAACAUCGAGGAAGUUGGUGAAGAGAGUGUAAAUCGCUUGAAUCCUCGCUACAGCCAUGGAGUUUCCAGUCCUGGAAGACAUGUAAGAACCCGGCUGUAUUUUACAAGUGAGAGUCAUGUACAUUCACUGCUCACCGUAUUACGAUAUGGUGGACUUUUGAAUGUGCUCACCGAUGAACAGUGGCGUCGUGCGAUGGACUACAUCUCAAUGGUUUCUGAGUUGAAUUACAUGUCACAGAUAGUGAUUAUGUUGUACGAAGAUCCCACAAAAGAUCCUUGUUCAGAAGAAAGAUUCCAUGUGGAAUUGCAUUUCAGUCCAGGUGUAAAUUGUUGUGUGCAAAAGAAUCUUCCUCCUGGGCCAGGAUUUAGGCCGCAUAGUCGUAACGAUUCGGCCCAUUCGAAAAAUAUUACUCCGACUGUUGGUAUUCGUAUUUCCCAGAGCCCCGAUGAUGCCAAUCCUACAAGAAUCGAUGAAGAGAAUGACUUGAAUUUGGAGGAAACUUCACCAGUACACUCAAAACCACACUCAGAAGAAAAUUCCCCGGAGGAACAAAGUGAGCUAGCAGCAUUGCCAAAAACAGAAAUUCGUUCUAAACACUUAAAAUCCAAACCUAUUCCAAUUGGAUCACAUCAUACAGUUAGCGGACAUGAAGCCCAAGACUUGGCAAAACGAUUAAAUGAAGAGCUUGCCUCCCAACAAGCCAAACAAUCAGGUUCGCUUGAGGUCAAUAGAGCCAUUAGUCCCGAUGGUGAACCACGUUCAAGGUCAUUCGAACAACGCCACCAAAAGACUAAAGAAGAAAAUUCCACUGAAAAAAUGGAAAUUCCGAAAUUCAGUGAAAUUCCUAAUGCUAGACAUAUUAACAAGACCUCAAUACAAAUUCGCGUAACCGAUUCUGUUGCUUUCUUCAAAAUCGAUUCAUCAACCAAUGAAUUACCUUUAUCCGAAAUAGAUUUCUCUAAGAAUCCAUGCACUCCAGAAUCAAUACCGCAGAAGCAUCCAUUGGCCGUUGACGAUAUUGAUGAAACGUCUGGUCUUCGUUACUACCGCAAACGAAACUCACCUAAAAUAUCUCCUUUGGCCACUAACGAACGCCCCCUAUCCUACACAUGCCUAACAUCGCUUUCUUGCUCUGAUAAUAUCAACUUUCUUCCUGAUGGCAGUAGCUUUCGCUCCAGAAGUAAUGUUACAUCUAUACAAUCUCUGGGAACGGAUAAUUGUACUUUGGCAUCGCCCUCCUCUGAUCCUUGUGAGGUUGUGCAGCUUUCUUGCUCUGCUCCCGCAGCUAUUCUAACCCAUGACAUUGAGUGCGAGGUCCCUGCAAUAAUUGCUGAUAUCCCAAUUGUGCAUGCAGAAGAUUUCGAUUCAAUUCCACCUCUAAAAGUUUUUGAAUCAGUUGCAGCUCCCGAUCCUCCCUUGUUGACCAAGCCGCCCAAAUCACAAGCUGGUGGAAGUAAACGUUUAACUCGCCACUUGUCCCAUGACGACUAUCCCUUAUUAAAUGGUAAAUCUGUUUUGGUGCCUUUAUUGCUGGAACCCGACCCCAAUUCAUCUGACUUAUCCCCAGCAAAUGCUAGCUUGAGUGAUUUCAAUCUCACCACUAACCCAGAAAUGUCAUGCGAUUGCAUGAACACUACUAACAAUACUAAUAACUGUUGUUGCAACCCGCCAUUGUCUACAUCCGUGUCCAUGUGUAAUAUGUCAUUUAAUUUGUUUAAUUCAAAUUUAUUAACAAACGAUAAUAAUUCUCAUCAAUCCACCCAUGCUACUACUACUACUACAUCCAAUCCCACCAUACCCACCACGAACUUUCAACCAAAUAAAAAUGACAUUUUAAAAUUGGCAUCUGCCAAAUUGACAAAUAACGAAAAACUCACCACAAAAAUUAUCACAAACAAACAUCAACAAUUAUUAUUGGCAAAUAAUAAAACUAAACCACAUCAUACAAACAUAAAACUCACUACUACCACAGACAAUGCUACAUCGACUUCAAGCUCAUCGUCGGCAUCUUCUCGACGCCAAAGGCACAGUAUUGCCGGCCAGAUGACAUACAUGAAAAUGCUAGGAUUCGGAGGCUUUGGCAAAAAGAUGGCCACCAGCACAAACAGUUUAUUUAGUACAGCGGUAAUUAGCGGCAGUUCAUCGGCACCAAAUUUGCGUGAUAUGAUACCGAGUACAGCGACACCAUCAGCAGUCCUUGAAGGAUUCGGCGGUGUACCACCAAUUCGUCCACUGGAAACUCUACACAAUGCGCUUUCCUUAAAGCAAUUGGAUGUGUUUUUGGAAAAAAUGACAGUUGCACCUCUAUUCAAAACACCUGCAUCAUCGCCACCAAAAAAUCCAUCUACACCAAUUCCGACUCCAUCACAAACGUCCGUUAAUUUGCCAAUAGAAGCUGAAAAGCCUGCAACUACUCCAACAAAUUUAUGUAGUGGACAAUUGGAAGGAAAUGAAAUAUUAACAACAACAUCAACAACAACCGGAAGUUCUAUACCCGGAUGUCCAUUAAAUGAUCCUUCACCUUGUGGUGAUAGCAGUAAUUGGAGUAAACAAUCAAGUUUAGCUAGCAGCACGGAACCAUCAUCACCUGCUGUUUCUGAUAGUUAUUCACAUGGAACACCUAGUGGAGAGAUGUCAAUGAGUUUAACAAGUACUGAUGGGUUUAAUGUCUUGCCAACAGCUGAAGAACUGGCGAAAUUCUUCCCACAGCUCGAUGAUGAUCUAAAUUCAGUUUAUGUUCAACUAAAUAGUGACAACUUGGAUCCUGAUGUAUUCAAUCCUCCCACGGAGGGAGACAAAAGUUGCUGUCUCACACCUGUCAGCAUGUGCAUGGACCUUAGCACUGCAGCUACCAAAGGUUCAAUAACACUUUCCAUUGAAAAUGAAGACGAAGAUGAAGCAACCCUCUCAGCAGCAACCACACCCUCCCUUCCACCAGAUGAAUUCAGCCCACAUACAAUCGAGACUGAAGUAUAUCGUGAGACGGAGCGUUUCGAAUUGAGACCUCCGGCUCGAAAGCCAACUGAUCCAAUUUCACCAAAGAUCCAAAAGCAAAUAAGUCUCUUUGAAAAAGAACCCUCAUCACCUUCACCUCGAUCACCGCCACAGGUAAUCCGCAGAAAGAAAUUCGAAAAUGUAACAACUCAAUUUCUGACUCAAUCGGCUUCGAAUUCGAAUUUCAAAAAUUUCGAAAGUAACACUUUGCAGAAAAAAUCCAAACCCAAUAAAGAAGAUGAUGAUCCGGAAUCAAAAACCCGAUCUUGUUCAAAUUUAAAAACCGAUUCCAUAUCGAAUCUAUCACAAUCAACAUCAUCAUCUGCGGCAGCGGCAGCAGCAGCAGCGGCACAAAAAAAUCCAGGAGCAGUUAUUGUGAAGGAAAUUUUCAUAGAACCACCAAGAAGAAUUUCAAGGAGUUUUCAUGGCAAAACUCAAAGUAUGGAUGCGGGUUUUUUAUUUUCAGAUUUUCUUAACGUCCCAACAACGACCCUAACAAGACAAGGAAGUACUGGUGCAACAAUUUCCGGCAAUGAUGGCAAUCAAAGUUUUAGUGCGAAUACUUCACCUUCGGCUAAACAAAGAUUUACAACAAACAAAGUUGAUGAUAAUAAUUUUCGAAAAGCUAAAUAUUAAUAAAUUGAAUUUGUUAAUAUUUUUGAUUUUAUGUUUUUAAAACUGUUUCCGUCUGUGUGUUAAGUUACUAUGACUAGAAUAUUAUCAUAUUGUAUGUGUUCUUAUAAAAUUUAUAAAUUAAGUCCAAUAUUAAUUUUAGAAGUAUUCUUUUAUGUAAAUUAGUUAAGUUACCAUAACUUUAUUUUUAGAUUUAGAAAUAAAAAAGAGUGUAUUUUAAAAAAAUUAAAAAUAAAGAAAGUCUUUAAGGCUGUGCUUUCAA